CAAAAUUAUUGUUUUAUAUAUCCUGAUCUUUAGAGUUUUGGAUAGCAAACGAGGUAACAGUUUUUGAAUUGAAUAAAAACAAGCGUUUCCUGAAUGUGUUCAACUAAAUUUCAUCAUGAACCUUAUUUAUGUUUGUUACUGUUGUUCCCAGAUACUUCAAUUUCAAAUGAUGUGUUACUUAUAAUCAUGUUUCGCCGUUAUUGCUAAUGUUGAUCCUGUAUUAUGCCCAUGUAUUUAGUUUUGUCUACAUUUACUUCUAGGCCUAUUUCCUUGCUAGCCUGUAGGAGAGCUUCUGCAUUCUUUGUUAUGGUACCCACACUAUCCCCCAGCAAAUUGACAUCAUCAGCAUAGGCAAAUACCCGGUGCAGACCAUUCAAUUCGAGCCCUUCCCGAAGACAAGUUCUAGAGAAAAAUUAAAAAGCAUCGAGAUAAAGCAUCCCCAUUUUAGGCCAUUGUGCACUGGGAACGGAUCUGAUACGUUACCUAUACAAACUCUACUAGAAACCCCAUCCAUACACAUCUUAAUUAACCUAAGAAGCUUUGGUACUCCAAACUCAAUCAAAAUGCCAUACAGUACCUCUCUUUUGAGUCAUGCACCUUCCUAAAGUCCACAAAUAGUUGGUGCACUGACCAAUUAUACUUCCACUUUUUCUCUAAUAUUUAUCAGAUGCAAAAGAUCUGAUCAGUAGUUGACCUAUUACAGCAGAAUCCACAUUGAUUACCCCCGAUGGGUAGACCAUAUGUCUCCAAAAUAAUUGUGGUUCCUGGGGAUUUUCUUUUCACAACAUACACAGUUAAUGUGCGACAGUCUGUGCAUUGUUAUCUCUUCAUGUUGCAGGAUGCUAAGUAAUAAGGAGAAGGAAUAUCUUAAAGAAGUUCUGAAACUCAUUUCAGAAAAUGAUCUGCACUUACUAGCACAGGUUGUUACUAACAACAUGAUCAUACCUGUCACCACAGAAGAAGCAUUGGAUGCCAUUUUUCUGCACUCAGAUACAGUGGAAUCUGUAUUGCUACGAAGAAAAGUAUCAAAAAAGAUUCUUUUCAAAUAUCUCCAUAACAGUAAUGUUCCCGUUAAUCCAUCAUCAGAUAAAUUGACUAUGAUCAGUACAAUUUUUCAGAUGUGGAAUUAUCAUCCCUGUGAUGAGCCCAUGGAAUCUACAGAACCAGAUCAGGAAUGCAAUAUGACCAGUCAUGAAACUACAAUUCCUAAACCUGAUAUAGAUGUACGUGAGAUUCAUGAGAUGGCACGUCACUUUACACACUGGUUUUAUUCAAUGCUCAACCAGGUUGAAGUACAGUGUCAGAAAAAAGAGUUAGGAAUCGAGCACUUCUGGCAGGAUUGCAACAUGUGCUUAGUUUUAAAUUCAGAAAAGUGUUGUUCUAAAUUGGAAGUGAAAGGAAAUGCUUCUCAGGUUGCACAACUAAUCUCAUAUACCAAAACCCAUAACAAAUUAUAUUUUAAUCCAAAUCUGUCAAAUGAAGGUGUCCAAGGAAAGACAAAUGUGCAUGGUUUAGUUAUUGUUCUGGCAUGUGGCACAUUACAUCAGCAAGACAAAUGUGUUGGUGUAUUUGAACAGUUAUUUGGUCUUGCAAGGGAUCCUUCAGCUGGUAACAAUUGGAAAAUAAAAUACACAGAACUACAUCUGAAUGGAAGUGUUAUUACAAGUUUACCUACUGUGGCAGAAGACAGCACUGUAAGGAGUAUAUCAUCUGUACCGAAUUCUAUUCGGUUAGCAUUUAGUUCACAUUGAUACAGAUUUUCAUUCCAUAUUAAAAAUGAUAAAGGCUGUAAAAAAUUAAAAUCUGUACUGACAUAUCAGGUUGGAAGAGGUAGGAACUGCUAAAUACAAAAUUAUUUUUUGUACAUUGUAAAUUGCUUUAGCAAAUUUACAUGCCUAGUUCUGUACGCAAUCUCACCCCAUGGAAGCAAUAAGAAGAAAAAAUUAAUUUCAUAUCCUUGUAAUUCUUAUGCUACAUUAAUUCUAACAGUAAUAAUUUCAUUUUUAUCUGUGUUGGAGUUCAAUGUGGAGUGUCAUUCAAUAUGUACAAUUGGAUUCCACAUUCAUUAUAAAAAGAACAACCAAAUCCAAACAUAAUACCAUAACUUAUUCUGCUAGUAUAUAUUUUUAACUAUGUGACAAUAUUUGGAUUUCUAGCAUACUUCUGAUGAUCAAUGUCUCAGCUGGUUUCAGUUGCCUUCUUAACAGUGAUAAAGUGAAAAGCAUCAAUAAUUACAUUCUGUUUACUGUAUUUUUAAGUUGAAAACUCGAAAUAAAAAUAUAUUAUUAUUAAGAAAAUUUA